UCUAGAAACACACGUCACUGGUACUUUAAAGCGCAUAUUAAAUAUUUUGCAAAUCAUAUCGACAGUAAAAUCAUAUUCACAUCCUGUUGAUCACCGAGGAUCUCCCACAAGCUGUUAAAAGAGAUGGACCCGAGGUUUUGCCACGUUACGCUACGGUGCAUUUGCUCAAAUGUGUCCCCUGUAAUUUCUCGGUUUGAGCGAAGCGCUGUUUUUCCAUGGAUCUUCGAAGUGUUUGAACUAAAGUAGAAUAAUCGCGAGCAACAUAGUUUUCUAUGAAAGAUCGGUAUUUUAAUUCUGUAUAAAUCAAAGAAAGGAGCAGUUCGUUUUUGGUGAGGGGGAGCGUUCUGCAUUAUGCAGAAGGGGCACAGUUUCUCUGGGCGCAAAUAAAAUAAUGGGAGAGAAAUGAGAAAGAAAACAAAAGCGAAGCGAAUUCUUGACUACGAAAAUGAAGAGGACGAGGAAGAAGAACAAAAACUGGAUGAAUUCUAUCACGGUCUGCAGAAACGAAGAAAACAAAUGUAUCCUGCCAAAGAGCGAACAGAGGAAAAUUCAUCAGCAGCUACGGGUCUCCAGAAGUUGGAUAUAAGGGGGUUUGAGUUCGACCGCUCUCCUGCAGACAACUUUAAUGACAGUCACACUACUUCCGAGCAGGAGGCUGACUAUUUGCAGUCUUAUUCGAAGAUGGAACUAAUUGCCAUGGUCCUAUGCAUGCAGAGGGAAAUGGAGAGCUUGAAGGAACAACUUAGGUGCCUUACAGCAUGUGGAAAACUGGCCAAAAACCUAGAGACUCUGAUCGAGAAGACCCAGAUCUGGCCUGAUGGGGAAAAGACGACCUCGCUCCCUCUCUCCCCAAGCACCAUGAGAGUCCCUGUGGAAAUGGAUGCUUUGAUGCCAUCUAUGCUGUGUGUCCCAAAUGUAAUGAAUGGGCAGUGGGUCAAGCAGGAGAUUGUUGCACAAAAAUCUAAGGAGUCCUCCCACAGGGACGGACUCUUCACAGAGUUCAUUACUCCUGAGCUUUUGGAGAGAUGUAACACAGGCACCACUGCCCAGAAGCUGACCAAUGAUCUGCUUCGUGGACUCUAUGAAAGAGACUGCCUAGCCUCUCACUCAAUCUCUGGGGUUGUGUACAACAAGAGGGGUCAACCCAAGCCUGCCCUACCCACUGAGGAAGUCCAGGCCAUUCUGAGAACUGUCCAGUAUUUCUUUCCGGGGAAGACUGAUGCAGAGAUUAAGGGCUACAUUAGACAGAAACUGCAAAAUGAAGCAAAACGAUUAAGGAAAAGACCUCCACUCUCUAGUUCAGAGUCUGGAGCUCUCAGUCUACCUUGCCCAAGAUCAAGUCCUCAGUUGGAUUCGAUUGGACAAAAGUCUAAUGUUUGAUUAGUAGUCAUCAGUUUUUGUGUUGUCUGAUGAACUAGCCUUAUUCAGUGUUAAAUAUGAUCAAGAGAUCAAAGGUUCCUGACUCAACAAAAUUGAUGAGUGUUUAUAUCAUGUCAUAUUUGGAUGGUCUUCAAGAAUGUCACGAUCAUUUGCAAUAGUUGUUUGGCUACUGAUUGUUUUGACAGCAUUGACAUCAAAUGCCAAUAAAACUUUGAAUUAGUUCAAAUGUUGCAUUUGCUAAGAUCUUCAAAUAUUAAGAGCACAGUUAGUAAGAUUAUAUGAAUAAUGUGUCUUUAAACAUUUGAUUUUUUAAAUGUUUUGUAUUUAAUAAAUAUGUAGUAGCUACACUGCACAAUGUCAGAAGGUGUGAACAUUAUUUUCAUUGUAUUUUAAAUGUAUUUCUUACUCUAUUAUGGUCUCUAUGACUCAAAUGUAGCUUUAUGUAU